AUGCCUGACGACUCUCCUCCGCCAACAUCAGAAAAAUGGAUUUCUAUCUCUCUUGUUGCAGGAACAGUGCUCACCCUCGCCAUUCCAUGGACACUGCUAUCCCUGCGGAAAAGAAUGCGUUCUAGUGCUCUGGCAAAGGCUCCUCCGCGUAGAACAGGAACUGCUACAUUCAAGAUCCAACCAAUAACGGAGGCCAAGCCGGUAGUCUCUCCUGCGUCUGGGUGGCGUCUUUCUCCCAAAGAAAAGGAUGUACCGGUCGACGGUGCUCAGCGAGCACUCUACACUGUAGGAGCCUUCGGAAUAUCCACGGCUCUCGUUGGUAUUGGCGCGCUGGGUACUGUGUGGAGCGCUCAGAUUCUGCUGGGUGUUGAUACGGUGGAUGAGUUUUCUACAAUGAUGCAAACUUUCGUAGCUACAAAGCUAGCCCCGCUGUCGUCCCGCAUCCACAGCUUCCAUAAACCUGAACUCGACGACGGUGUGCCUGCGGACCCGCAGUGGAAAUGGGAUGAUGCUGAGAAGCGGUUACAGGAAAUCUAUGACAAGCAGGGAGGUUUUGCUUGGGCAGAGGCUGCUCUUCGGGAGGCCGAGAUUGAAGCCAAACUCGAAAGGGAAAAACGGAGGGAAAUGCAGGAGAAGGCCAGUCGGCAGUAG